AGAAAGCUGUUAAGCCUGGGAAUCCCAAUGGGGGGCAAGGAAUCAGUAGCCAGCGGUCAAACCGCUAUCACUGCUAUCCAGACCCAUGUAUGGUUUAGGAGAUUUAUGACAGAAUGCCCAUCUGGACUGCAAACCUUGCAUGAGUUUAAGGCGCUGCUGGGUCUGCAAGGCCUGAAUCAAAGAGCGAAUCAAUAUGUUGACCAACUGUUUAAUAUUUUUGACAAGAACAAGGAUGGAUUUAUCGACUUUUUAGAGUUUAUUGCUGCCGUAAAUUUGGUUAUACAAGGGAAAAUAGACCAGAAACUGAAGUGGUAUUUUAAGCUCUAUGAUGCCGAUGGAAAUGGAUCUAUUGACAGAAAGGAACUACUGAACAUCUUCAUGGCAAUACAAGCCAUCAAUGGCCAAAACACCCUGAAUGCUCAGGAAUUCACCAACUUGGUAUUUGAAAAGAUUGAUGUAAAUAAUGAUGGAGAGUUGACUUUAGAGGAAUUCAUCAGUGGCUUAGAAAAAGACCAAAAUCUUUUGGAGAUGAUUACCAAGAGUUUUGACCUCUCCCAUGUACUGAAAGUAAUUCAGAACGGGAGGAAGCAAGACACCUGAAAUAUCUUGCUUUAGACCUUGACCAAGGACAAGGACCUUCGAGAUAACAGGAAAUUCAGCUAUGGAGACUUUAUUUUGCCCAAUGUCUUUCCUACACUCAGUGGACACUAUAGCUCUUGUACCAAGAAAGAAUCCUUCUCUUGUGGAUAAUAUUGUUGGGUGCAGAUGUAACAUUCUUGAAUCAGACUAAUAAAUA